AUGUCUCGGAAGCGAUGGACCCCCAUCUUUCAUCUUUUACUGGUUUUCCUGCUCGCGGGCGAUCUAGGGUCACAUAUUUUUGCAAACGCUAAUGCUAUAGACUGUAACUUGGGUUGGAGUAAACCAUCGAAAGAUACCCAUCAUGAGUAUUUGUGUGAAAUACAAGACAAACAUGGCAACGAUAUCCGACAUUACUGCAAAUGGUGUGGAAGGAAUGAUAAUAAACACCCAUCUGCUUCUGACUGCGCUGACCCGAGCGGAAGACCAACGAAAACGAAGGGUUCAUUAGAUUGCGACGCCGGAAUGCGGACCGAACCUCGUCCCCCACCAGACAACGUCAAUUACAGAGCUAUCGUUUGCUUGCAUACCGACAACGAUAUGGUUGUAAGAGAGUAUCGUUGCUUCAAGUAUCAUCUGAACCAACAAUGUCCCGAGAAGAAGUGUCAUAUAUAG